AUGACGUCUUCCUCCUCUUUUUCGCCGUAUUUGACCUUUCCACCACCUCAGGUGAAUCAAGAGAUUAAGCUCUGGGCUGAUACAAAUGAUCGACGUAAAUAUGAAGAUUUAUCAGAUUUAUUUGCUAUCUUUAAGACCACAGAACACCUCGAAGCUGCCUACGUCCGAGAUGCCAUCACACCUGAACAGUAUACGGAAGCUUGUACGAAACUCAUUUCGCAAUACAGGACAGCAGAGACGGCACUACGUCUUGGUGGCUUUAUCGACAGUGUGGACACUUUCAUUUCAGAGUACAAACUGGACUGCCCUCGAGCACUUGAACGACUUGUGCGUAUUGGUGUACCAGCCACUGUUGUACACAACACGACGAACCGCAAGACAGACUCGGUUAAUGUGGCACAGACCGUGCAGAACUUUAUUACGCUCAUGGACGUGCUCAAGCUCAAUAUCCGAGCAGUGGAUGAGAUUCAGCCGUUGCUGAGCGAGAUGAUGAGCUCAUUGACUAUGGUUAGUGGCCUUCCACCUGACUUUGCAGGGCGUGAUAAGAUUGAGAGCUGGCUCUGUGUAAUGAACACAAUGCGUGCUUCUGAAGAACUCGACGAUGAACAAGCGCGCCAACUGAGCUUCGACCUUGAGCGUGCUUACUCGUCCUUUAUGGCUUUUUUGAAUAAAUAG